AUGGACAGAUCAUACCCAGAUCUAGCAGGAGCGUCAUAUGCUGGUCAGGCGACGACGUUUGCAUGGGCGAACCAAAUAUGUGCAGACGACGAUCAGGAACGCGCCGUCGUCCUCGCAUCCAUGAAUAUGUGGAAUAACGCAGUGAACGCGUGGUGGUCGAUCGUGUUCUAUCCAGCGACGGACGCGCCCAAGUUCCGCAAGGGCAUGAUCGCUAUGAUAUGUGUCGCGCUCGCCACGCUGGGUAUCACCUGGCUGGUGUAUGCGCUCGAGCGUAGGGAGUGGCGGCGGAUGCGCGAUGCGAGAUUCUUGAGAGAAGAGAAAGAACAGGAUGCGCAAUCUGAUACCAGAUCGCGAGGCGAGGCUGGAAGCGUGAACAGUCGCAGUCGCAGCCGGAGUCGCCACCGCGGUUCUGUGGGAGAUGCGAAAUAA